UCGCCAAUGCCCAGUAUAUAGAGCUAAGAAUAAUUAUGACGUACUACGACAAAGGAGCUGAGCCUGAGGGCCCUGGACGCUAUGUGGCCUUUGAUCACAUCACCUUCUGGGUCGGCAACGCUAAACAGGCCGCAUCAUGGUACUGCAUUCGGGCAGGGUUCCAGCUGCUGGCAUACCAAGGUCUAGAGACGGGGGAGAAGGAGGUAGUCUCACACGCAGUACGACAGGACAAAGCUAUUUUUGUCUUUAAAUCACCUUUGAAUCCAGGAAAUGAUGUGAUGGGUGUACAUCAGAGUGUCCAUGGCGAUGGGGUCAAGGAUGUUGCCUUUUCUGUGGAGGACUGUCGUGGCCUGUUCAAGAAAGCGGUGGAGCGAGGAGCUCGUGUAGUGCGGGAACCUUGGGAGGAAAAGGACGAGAAUGGAACGGUCGUCUUUGCCUCCAUAUCAACUUAUGGAGACACCACCCACACUCUGGUGGAGAGGACCAACUAUAAUGGUAUCUUCCUACCUGGAUACAAGGAGCCCAGAGCCUCAGACAACCUCCAGAAAAUGCUUGAUGCGCAGUUUCCUGUUGGACUCAACUUCAUCGAUCAUGUGGUUGGUAACCAAGGAGACGAGGAGAUGAAUGACAUAGCAGAGUACUAUGAGAAGACCCUCCAGUUCCAUCGAUUCUGGUCCAUCGACGAUGACCUCGUGCACACCAAGUACAGUUCCCUGCGUUCCAUCGUGGUGGCCAACUGGGACGAGUCCAUCAAGAUGCCACUCAACGAGCCAGCCCCGGGGACACGGAAGAGCCAGAUACAAGAGUACAUUGACUUCUAUGGGACUCCUGGAGUGCAGCACAUUGCAAUCAACACAGGGAACAUCAUUAAUGCUAUUCGAAGCAUGCGUGCUCGUGGUAUGCAGUUCGUUAAUGUGCCAGACUCCUACUAUGAGGACCUCAGGGCCAAACUGGCCAAGUCAAAGGUCACUGUCAAAGAGGACCUUGAUGUUUUGCAAGAGCUUAAGAUUCUGGUGGAUUUCGAUGACAAUGGCUACUUGCUCCAGAUCUUCACAAAGCCGGUACAGGACCGACCCACUCUAUUCCUUGAGACUAUCGAGCGUCACAACCAUUGUGGAUUUGGAGCUGGUAACUUCAAGUCGUUGUUCGAGGCCAUAGAGCGUGACAUGUUCGAUAGAGGUACCUCUGUCGAAACACCCCAGAAGAAAUAAACUGGUUACAAUCUAUUUUAUGUAUAUAUGAGAUAAAUCUUUUCGUUGUGCUCAGUGCUAUAUUUGAAACUGUUUACAAUCUAUAAUUUAUGAGAUGAAAUCGUUGUUACUUAGUGCUAUAUUUAUUUGUGAAGAACGUGCUGUUACACAGCUUUGAAAUUUGCACAAAAACUGA